AUGGCCCCGUCCAAAACGCCCCAGCCACCAUAUUCCAAGGAUGAGCGCGUCCUGUGUUUCCAUAUGGAGAUGCUGUAUGAGGCCAAAAUCCUGGACGUGCAGCCAACGGAGAGCGGCGAUGGCUGGAGCUACAAGAUUCACUACAAGGGCUGGAAGAGCAGUUGGGACGACUGGGUGCCGCAGGACCGCAUCCGCAAGUUGAACGACGAAAACAAAGAUCUCGCCCAGCAGCUCCUCGCCCAGUACAAGCAGCUGCAGUCCGGUAAGGCGGCCAAGCAGCCUAAGAAGGGAGGCCGUCCUGGUGGUUCGGAUCUCAGCUCUGCCCGCGGUAGUGAGGAGCGAACUGCGGCAGGCACGACGACACAGAACAACCGUAACCCGCGAAGGGCUCGUGAUUUUGACCUUGAAACGGGACAAGCAGGCCAACUACAGAGGGCGUCGUUCAUGUGGUUGUCGUUGGCGACCUUUUACAAGUGUGGAGUGUCGGUUGCUAGGCGACACAGAAAAUCUCGGGCAUACGGAGAAGGGGAAAAGUGUCAAGGGACCACUCACAACAAAGAAGGCCACAACUCGGAUUUCUGA